AACCACUCCCUAAACAGCAUAUCUAUAUCAUAGUUCAAAGUGUCUAGGUCUAUGAUAAAAAAAACCCAAGCCUUAUAAUGGAUUUCCAAAUCUUUCCAUAAUAAGUGCGAGAGAUUGGUAAGACAGACUGCAUAGACAAAAUAGUAGCAGCUCCAGCUUAGAGCACAGAAACUUGUUCUUCCCACUUGCACUUUUUUGUAUGCUAGUAAAUUUCAGCAGUUUGUAAAUCCUGCUGUUCCUAAAAGGAUGGAAAAACUGUGUCUUGUACAAAACACCACCUAAGACAAUCAAUUGCCUCCCAACUUUGAGGGGGUAAAUGUUGAAGAGCAGGAAAACUGGCCAUCAAAGAACAGAAACAGCUUAAAUGGUCUCUGAUCGUGGAAAAGGCUCUUGCACAGCAACUAAUUAUUUGUUUGUGUUACAGAAAGCAAUAGACCUUGCUAGCAAGGCAGCACAAGAAGAUAAAGCAGGAAACUAUGAGGAAGCCUUCCGCUUGUACCAACAUGCUGUGCAGUAUUUUCUCCAUGUUGUUAAAUAUGAAGCACAGGGUGAUAAAGCAAAACAAAGCAUUAGAGCAAAAUGUACAGAAUACUUGGACCGAGCAGAAAAGCUGAAAGAAUAUCUGAAAAAGAGAGAAAAAACUGCACCAAAACCAGUUAAAGAAUCUGGUCCUGCUGAAGGAAAAGGCAAUGACAGUGAUGGAGAAGGGGAAUCAGAGGACCCUGAAAAAAAGAAGCUACAGAAUCAACUUCAGGGAGCAAUUGUUAUGGAGCGACCAAAUGUCAAAUGGAGUGAUGUUGCUGGCCUUGAAGGUGCCAAAGAGGCACUUAAAGAAGCAGUCAUCCUUCCCAUUAAAUUUCCACACCUGUUUACAGGCAAGAGAACACCCUGGAGAGGCAUUCUCCUGUUUGGACCACCAGGAACAGGAAAGUCUUAUUUAGCAAAAGCUGUGGCGACAGAAGCAAACAACUCCACCUUCUUCUCAGUAUCUUCGUCUGACCUUGUCUCAAAAUGGCUAGGUGAAAGUGAAAAAUUAGUGAAAAACUUGUUCCAGCUUGCCAGAGAAAACAAACCUUCUAUCAUCUUCAUUGAUGAGAUAGAUUCCCUCUGCGGGUCAAGAAGUGAAAAUGAAAGCGAGGCUGCUAGACGGAUAAAAACAGAGUUUCUAGUCCAGAUGCAAGGGGUUGGUGUUGACAAUGAAGGAAUCUUGGUCUUAGGAGCAACAAACAUACCCUGGGUUUUGGAUUCUGCUAUCAGGAGAAGGUUUGAGAAGCGUAUUUAUAUUCCUUUACCUGAAGACCAUGCCAGGGCUGCAAUGUUCAAACUUCACCUUGGGUCAACUCCAAAUGAGCUAAAAGAGUCAGAUUAUCGAGAGCUUGGGAAAAGAACUGAGGGCUAUUCUGGUGCAGAUAUAAGCAUCAUUGUCCGUGAUGCACUGAUGCAGCCUGUUAGAAAAGUGCAAUCAGCAACUCACUUUAAAAAAGUAAAAGGACCAUCAGUGUCUAAUCCAAAUACCAUGGUAGAUUUAUUCACCCCUUGCUCUCCAGGUGAUGCUGAUGCAAUAGAAAUGACAUGGAUGGAGGUCCCAGGUGAUAAAUUACUGGAGCCUAAAGUUUCCAUGACGGAUAUGCUCAGGUCGCUUGCUAGCACAAAACCAACAGUUAAUGAGCAGGACCUGGAGAAGCUGAGGAAGUUUACAGAAGACUUUGGUCAGGAAGGCUAAACCAAAGAUGUGUGUGAAGCAUUAGAACUUUCUUUUUCAUUUUAAAGUAUUCUUGUGUCUUUAUUGAUGGCACUUCAAAUAAAUACCAAUAAAAUCAUCCCUUUCUUACUUUGCAGAAGGAAUAGAAGAUACCUUUGCAAAGACCCUUAAGCUUUUGUAUUGUAUUGUUUUCCUCAAAUGUCUAUUAAAUGUCUUCUAUUGAAAAAUAAUGCAAAAAUGCAAUUUUAAGGUGAGACAGAAAAGUGAUGUGGUAAUGUCUAAUAAAUCCUAGAAAGCUUUAAAUUACUAGUUCCAUUUUAGGUAGUAAAUUAGACCUGGAUACCAGUGAGUUUACUUACUUCCAGUAAGGUCAAAAACCUUUUAAGGGAUGGGAGAAAACGUAUUUGUCAGGUGAUUUCAGUAUCAGUCAAUCAGCAUACAUAUUAAUUGCUUUCAUUUCAUUUAGGAAAAUGCAACAAAAUUUUCUAAUCAACCCUACUGCAACUGUGGGUUUGCUGUUAAAGUAAGAAAGAAGACACUGUGAGGAUAAGACUACAUGGGCCAGUACUUUGAUUAAAUAUUGAUGGACUUGUUAUUUGGCUUUUUUCUGCUAUGCUGUGUUAAAAUUUUGCCUUAAGCAGUGAGAUUUUGUUUUUAACUCUUUACUAGCUGGUACACACUGUCACUAUGCAAUUUAACACAAGUUUGUUAAAUGCAGGUAACUCAGAAGGUGUUUUGCUGGCUGUUCUUGCAGGGGUUGCUUUAUUUGAUGUUUUGGUUUUUAAAAUCUGGAUUCUCUUCCUGGUGAAGUUUUGACUAAAGUUAGAAAAAAGCAUUAGUAAUGUCCUCUAAGAUCCCAUGUGUUGAGGCUGGCAAAAGGUAUAUGUAGUCUUGGGAGAAUGUAUGGGAGGCAUUUUGGGAAAUAGCAUACUUUCACAUGCAAGGAGAUUAGAAAAGAUGUUUUAGCCACAGCCCUUCCAGUGAUAAAUUAACCCAGAACCCCACUGGUAACUGUAGCAUAUAUGUUACAUCAAUUUAGUGCUUUAACUGGGAGAGAAGGCUGGCAGUUUAGUAUAAAAGUAGCACUUCCAUUGCUCUUUUUCUGCAGAACUGCAAAUGGAGAUGUGCCUGAAUGUAACUUAGAACACUACAGCAUCAGCAUUGAGUUUGUGCCUUGUAAGUUUGCACUGGCUGUAGAUAUGAAACACCAUUAGGAUAUCUAGAAUACUCUAUCUUCCAUUAUCAUUGUACAACUCUAUCCUGCAAAUGUUUUGUUUAACUUGCAUUAAAAAAAAUUUGCACAUUUUAGGUGUGUAUGUUCUAUGUACAUAUGCACAAAUAUGAUCAUCUUUUGAUGGGGUUUGGUUUCUUUUAUGUACAUAUUUUGUGUACCUUAUAAAUCAUAGGAUGGGUGACAUUUUCUGUACUUAAAUGAAGUAAAAUGUUGUAGUACGACAUCA